UUGUUCUACUUUCACUUAGCGCAGAUCCACAGAAGAAGCAUGUAAGCUGUAGCUUGAGAAAGCUCGUGCAAGUAUGUCAAAGUUGUCAAUGAAAGAGCAAAGUGGCUGUCGAAAACUGUUAAGAUUAUUAACCCUGGACGACUUGUUCGCUCUUAAAGAUACAGUAACGAAUCGCCUGAUCGCUGUAGAGAGCACGCAAGAGGCCAUUGAGGCCAUCAUAACGUACUCACAAGACGCUGAGGAGCUCCUCAAGAGAAAGAAGGUGCACAGGGAUGUCAUUUUUAAGUAUCUGGCCAAUGAAGGAGUUGCUAUGCUCCCUAACAGUGAGAAACAGCAGUUGAUCAGGAGGACCAUUGAGUACUGGUCAUCUGGGGAGAUCUCCAAGCGUGAGAAGAACACCAUGGUUUCAGAAGAUGUUGGAGAUGGUCUGUCAGACCUUCUAGCUUUGGGAAGUCAGUUUUGCCAGUGGUUCUUCACCCUUCUGAACUCUCAAAACCCCACUCAAGGGCAGCCGGCUCAAGACUGGGGUCCUCAGCAUUUCUGGCCGGAUGUGAGACUUCGGCUCCUGUCGUGUGCUGGAGAGCAGCGUGUCGAUGAGUUCAACGGGGCAGAGCUGGUCAGUCAGCGGCUUCAUGCUUUCGCAGGACAAGAGGGUCUGUUGUUCUGCCCCAACUUGGAGGGUCAAGGGUUAAAGUGUAUCUCUUCAGCUCAUGGACUAGUGUUAGUGGCUGUAGCCGGGACCAUCCACCGUGAAGAUGCCUGCCUUGGGAUUUUUGAGAAGGUGUUUGGGCUCAUUCGCUCACCAAUGGACAAUAAUCGCUGGAAAAUAAAGAUUGUGAAUAUAAAAGUAGAAGCACAGAAUGCCAUCACAGACAGAAAGUUACCAGUUAUUACAUACGACUCAAAAGAGAUGCUGAGGCUUUGUGACUGAGAGAUCUGCACAAGAUUUGUUUGGACUUGUUUUGACUCGGUCUUUACAUGGAUGAUGUACUUUUCUGUCUAAAAAAACCUUACAGUGGGAUAGAUCUUCAUCUGUAAAAGGAUCUUCGUUCAUUAUUUUUGUUGACUUGAAGGAGAGUUUCCAGUCAGUUUGAAUCCUAGCAAAAUGAUUCUGUAAAAUGUAUAUGCCAGAUUUGUUAGUAUUUAUUAUUAUAUUAAUGACAAAUCUAAAUGAUUUUUUUUUUUAUUAAUUGAAAAAAAUUGUUACAUUUAUGAAGUAAUUUUCUGAAAAUUGGCCUAACAAAAGAGAUUUUAAAUUUGUCUUUAAGAUUAUUUCAAGACAGAAAAUUGUAAACAUUAUAUAUUAUAUAUAUAAAAAUGAUAUUAUUAUUAUUAUUAUUAUUAUUUGGCUAGAAUUCAAACUCUGGAAAAUUAAUGUCAUCUUUAGCUCUAUAUUAUUUUAAGAUUUUCCUUAAAAUACCUAAAAUCAUUACUGUUUAUUACUUCUGGUUAUUUAUAAUUACUUUUAUCUAUACUUGGAUCAUUUAACAGUAAAAUAUAUGUAAAGAACA